AAUUUGAUAAAUUGUUGUCAAAACUGUUCAACAUAUUUUAUCAAAAUUUAAAUUUUAAGAUAAUAUUCUUAGUCACUUAUGAUGUUUACUAAAAUGUUUGCUUGGACUUUUUAAACGGCUUAGAGUUUCUGGUACCUCUGAUAAAACAUGUUUACAAAAUCUCUUUUCGGAUUUUUUUGGUAAAUAGCCUUCAUAAGCCGUUGACAGUCGGCUAACCAUUUGCUUUCGUUACCACUGCGAAAACUCGCUUUAUGUUAUCAAAACCGAUUCUCUUUCAAAAAUGAUAAGCCCUCAAAUUUUCUCUCGAAAACGGUACGAUUGAUUUUUGAAAAUAAGUGCACCUUUCAAUUUCCAUAGAAACUCGACUUAAUUGUGGUUUUUUGCACAAUCGUUAAUUUUAUGAAACUAAAACAAUCAACUUAUUGUCAAAAAUGACAAAAGAUUCCGAGCUGUAUCAACAUAAUUUGUGUAACGGAGCAGUGUGAUGAUCAAUAAUAAUGACCAUUCUCAAUUAUUGCCUUACUCAAAUGUAUAGCAGUUGUAAAUGAUUUUGUAAAUUACUUACAUUAUAUUAUACUAAAUAAAUAUCAUCGAUAGUGGUCACUUCAAGUAAUGUGCAAAAUACGGACCAUUUCAAACAACAAAAAGCAUAAUAUAUAUUUUUAAGAAAUAGGCAUUGAGUUAAUAAAUUACAUUAGUUAUUCAAGAAAUAUGUAUCAUACAAAAUACUUAUUUAGCGGUAAAAUAAAUAUCUUUCUACAGAAAAAUAUUUACCAGAGAUUAAUUUCAAGGGACUUGAGCAUAUUGUCAGUUAACAAAAAGAAAAAUAUACUUACAAAACUAUAUAAAUUUACAGUUGCAAAAACUGUAGACGAUAAAGAAAUUGUGAAAGAACAUAAAUACGCGUCUGGAUUUCACAAUUUUUCAAAUGUUAAUUUAUAUACCUCUCGUACUCACACGUGUAACCAACUAAGAAUUGAAGACUCUGGAAAAUCAGUUAUUCUUUGUGGUUGGGUAGAAUAUAUACGGUUGAAUCGUUUUAUAAUUUUAAGAGAUGGCUAUGGUUCAACACAACUCAUUAUUCCUGAAAAGACAAGCAUUGAAUUUAAUGAUUUUAUUAAAAAAAUACCACUAGAAUCAGUUUUGAUGUGCCACGGUUGUGUAAAAUUAAGACCCGUUGAUGAAAUAAACAAAAAUCAAGCAACGGGAAUGAUCGAAGUAAUUGUCGAUAAAUUACAGCUACUUAAUGCUGUUGAUACAAAAUUACCAUUUCAACUACGGAAAUUUAAUAAGGCCAAUGAAUCGUUAAGAUUAAAAUAUCGUUAUGUUGAUUUGCGAUAUCCUGAAAUGCAAUAUAAUUUGCGUCUAAGAUCAAAGUUGUUGAUGAAAAUGAGAGAAUUCCUAAUUAAUCAGCGAGAAUUUGUCGAAGUAGAAACUCCUACAUUGUUCAAAAAGACUCAUGGUGGAGCACAAGAGUUUAUUGUACCCACUCACGAAAAAGGAAAAUGUUAUUCAUUGGUUCAAAGCCCUCAGCAAUUAAAACAAAUGUUGAUGGUUGGUUCCAUAGAUAGAUAUUUUCAAGUAGCAAAAUGUUACAGAGAUGAAGGUGCCAAAUCUGAUAGACAGCCAGAAUUCACUCAACUGGAUAUUGAAAUGUCAUUUACUGACCAAAAUGGAGUCAUGUUACUCAUUGAAGAGUUGUUAUCAUUUAUUUGGCCGUUAGAAUUGGGAAAAAUAAAUAUACCAUUUCCUCGAAUGUCGUAUGAGGAAGCAAUGCUAACAUAUGGUAGUGAUAAACCAGAUAUCGGACGUAAUACAAAAAUUUCAAAUUGGACUAAGUACAUAUCAAAUGCAUCAAAUGAAGUUUUUGCACUUGUUUUAAAAAAUUCUGAAAAUAAAUUGACAAAGAGACAAAUAAAUGAUUUAAAAACAUUAAUAUCCACCAAUUACUCAGAUGUUAAAUUCAGUCUCUUAAAUAUAAAAUCAAUAAAAACAUUCAAAGAAAAUCUUCUAAAAAUGUUCAAUGGGAUUGACGCAGCAGCUGUACUAGAUGCUGAAAGUAUAUCGGAACAUGAUUUAGUAGCUAUUGCUUGUGGUUCAAAAUAUAAAGCUCUAUCAGCAUUGGGUAAAAUAAACGAGUAUUUCAAAGUGGAUAAUUCAUGUGAUGUUCCUUGGCGUUUUGUUUGGAUAGUUGAUUUUCCGUUAUUUGAAAUAGAUUCUAAUCAUAUUCAAUCUGUUCAUCAUCCAUUCACUCAACCACAAACAGAAAUUACUCCUGACAACUUAUUAGAGGUUAAAGGGUUCCAUUAUGAUUUAGUAUUGAAUGGAAAUGAGGUAGGAGGAGGUUCAAUUCGUAUACACGAUGCCAAUCUACAAACUAAAGUUAUCGAAUCAAUUUUAAAUAUACCUAUAGAUACUAUUUCUCAUCUAGUUGAAGCAUUAAAGUCUGGUUGUCCUCCACAUGGAGGAAUAGCUUUAGGUGUUGAUAGAUUACUAUCAAUUUUGUGUAAUACAAAUAGCAUUCGUGAUGUUAUUGCUUUUCCUAAAACUUUUGAAGGAAAAGACCUCUUGACUGGAGCUCCAACAGAAAUCACUACAGAAGAUAUGAAAAGAUAUCAUUUAAAAUUUGACAAUAUAAAAUAACCAAAUAUUAAUAAUAAUCAUAA